AUGGAUCAGUAUAUCGAAUUUGGUCUGGUCUACGGCCUGAAAUUUCUUACCAGCCAAGAACAUCUUCAGCUAGUUUUCCGAGACUCGGACAGGCACACCAAGGCUUUCAAUAACAACUCAGGUUGGCUUAUGAGCCAGCUCCUUGGGAGGUGCGUCGGUCUGGUCAACGGCGAAGAAUGGAAGGUUGUGCGCGAAGGGGUGGCACAUCCCUUCCUUCGCAAAAGUGCUGCCAGUCAAAUCCCAUUGAUCCAGAAGCACGUGUCGAGGCAUUUCGACAAUCUGUUACAUCAAGGGAACUUGGCAAACGGCUUGCUGGACCCGGCUGAAGAUCUCAAAAUGCUCCCGUUCUGGGUCGUUGCCGAGAUACUCUAUGGCGACCUGAGCCCUGAUAUGAUUCAGGACUUGGAACGCCUAGUUCCUCUCCGCGAGGAAUUGUUCAGACAUGUUAUCCGUGGCGGCAUGACACGAUUUGGGUUCUCACGGUACAUCCCAUCACGUCUUAAUCGACUUCUGCGAGCUUUCAUGGUCGAGUGGAAGUCAUUUAACGACAAAGCUUGCGCUCGUGCAAGGUCUUUUGACCCACCUGCGCAGAUCGUCCAUUUCCAUGAUCAAGUCGCCAAAGGCUCGAUAACCUCAGACAACCUCUUGCAUACCCUCGAUGAGUCACUUUUUGCGAACUUGGAUGUCACCAUUGGGGGCAUUUCCUGGAACGUGGUGUUCCUGGCUGCUCACAAGGAAUACCAAAACCGACUAAAGGAUGAGCUAGCAGCACAUAGCAAGGAUGAUACGGAGUACCAAAUGUACAUUCUGAAAAACUCGACACUUCUCGCCGCCUGCGUCUCUGAGUCUUCGCGCCUCAGACCCCUGGCAGCCUUUUCGGUCCCUCAGUCAGCCCCAACCCCACGCGUAAUAGACGGCUACGUGAUACCUGCCGGCACCGACUUUAUAAUUGAUACUCAUAAAUUGAACAUCCAAAGCAAGGUCUGGGGUGCCGAUGGAACUGUGUACAGGCCUGAGCGCUUUCUCGGAGGGGAGGCCCUGGAGCGGAGGUACAGCUUCUGGCGUUUUGGUUUCGGUCCCCGUCAGUGCCUCGGGAAACACCUCGCCGACGCAAUCAUUAGGACGCUCAUUGCGCAUCUAGUUCAGAAUUACGAGAUGGGCAUACCUGACGGUCUGGAAUGGGAAAGCAAUCCCAAUUCGUGGAUUUCACAUCCAGAGAUGCGCAUCCAAUGCAUAAGACGAGGGGUUUGA